CUUUUUUCUCUCUUUUUACUACAUGAGAGAGAGAGAGAGAUAAAAUUCUCAGCUUUCUCUCUCUCUGACAUUUUUUCUCAUGAACAACAGCCUGAUCUUUUUUCUAUAUAACAAACAAUCUUUCUUUCUUUCGUUUGCUGAUAAUUGAGAGGUUAAGAGGAGGGCUAUUUCCGAUUAUGGGGAAGCAAAGGUAUUGGAGCGGACAUGGAAGAGCCACCAGAAGACUCAAAAAUGAAGGACCUCACAGCAACAGCAACAGCAGCAGCAGCAGCACUGAUCAUGAAGAAGCUUCUUCUACCUCUGCUGGCUGUAUGUGCGCUGUUUUUCAGCUCUUUGAUUUUCAUCCUUUGAAUCAAAGCCAUCACCACCCACCUCAAUCAUCUCUCUCUGUCUCUCUCAAGCCCAUUUCUCUUCCACCAGACCACCAUAUUCCCACAGGUACUGAAGCGCCACGAAACAGUCUGGAAUCAGACGAGGAGCUUCCAUCACCAUGUACAAAGCAAAAGGAUGGUUUGCAUAUCCCAGAGGGUAUUGUUCAAAUCAAAACCAGGAGCAGAAGCAAAGAUUCAUCGAAUAGCGACGGAGACAAUUUCUCCGGCAACUCACCGAGCACCAAGACGCCAACUUUAGUGGCAAGAUUAAUGGGUCUGGAUCUUCUUCCUGAAUCCAGCUCUCCUUCAACCACGCCAAGAACUACUUCUUCUUCUUCAGUGUCUCCAAUUUACCCUCUUCUUCAAAAGCCAAAGUACUCAAAAACAGGUGUCUCGCGCUCCUUGCCAGAAACUCCAAGAACAUCUUGUGAAAGAAAAUCAAAUGCGGAUCAGAAUUACCACCACCGCCUCUCACUUCAAAUUCCCAAUUACGACAAAGAGAACUCAACUAGUCCAUCGCAUUACGCUAAGGAGAUUGUGAAGCAAAUCAAAGAAUCGGUGAGUAGAAAAUCUGGCCUCACCGAUAUCACCAAUAAUUACCAAAGAAGAGAUCAUGACGUGAUGAACCAACCAAAACCCAAAAAAAUAUCGUCUUCGUCUUCAUUGUCUCCGAAGCUGAGAGUAUUGGAGGCGAAGAAUACUAAUUUAAAAAAAUUACCAAGUCCGAAAGUUGAGGCGAUUAAAGGGUCGAAGAAGGCGCCGGCGCCGGCGAAGAAGGGUAAUAAGCAAGAGGAAGCAUUUGUGGUUCCGUCGAGAAUGACGAAGGCCACCAUUGAUAGUCCUCGGAAGAAGUCAAAGAAAACUCCAUUGUCGAAUGAGCUUCUGAGCUUCAGUUCUGUUCCGACCGUUGUGAUGAAGAAAGAGGCGAAACCACCUCCAAUGCAGUCAGGUGCAUGCAAUCGGAAUGAAGGUGCAGAGACAGUCACAGGCGAUAAAGAAUCAAAACCAGUGUUGCAGUUAUCAACUUUCCACAAUAACCACAAAACUCUCCAUCACCAACACGUCAUCCAACUUCCCAACAAUAACAAACAUCAUAUCAUCUCCGCCGCCGCCGACCGCCAUGACAUCACGGCAGAGGUGGACUGCGUUAGAAAAAUACUCACCACCCGUACUAAUAAUUUCCUUGAAAACAACACCACCCAAAAAGAAGUUCCAAUCUGGCAUCCCCAUUAUGAUACCAAAUUACUCUGCCACUUGGCGGAGGAGCUGCUCAAGCCUUACGUGGACACCAUGAUGAGGCCGUGGGCCGGCGUAGGGUGGCCGGCGCUGGUGGAGGAGCUGUGCGACAAAGUUAGGAGGUACCCACGUGCGAGGUGUGAGGUGUUGGAGGACAUAGAUGGGAUUAUUGAGAAAGAUAUGGACAGAUUGGGGAUGGGAUUUGAGGAGGAAGGGGAGGGGAUAGUGACGCAGAUUGAGGAGGGCAUCGUGGAGGAGCUCCUGAAGGAAACGGUGCGUUUCGUUGAGCCGGACGGCGUCGUUUAGAGGCGACAGAGAUGGCAGGAGAAUCACAUGGGAUAUUCACGUGGGAGAUGUCAUUUGGGAUGGUGGGACCCCACGUAGCUACGGUAAAUGCAGCCACGUGGAUUUUUACCCACCAGACACACACUCAGAUUUUUCGGUUCUUAAAAGACAGGUUUUUUGGCAGAGGAAUCUCAUUUCCCAUUCCUCCCUCUCUGUCCUCCUUUCUACAUUUAAUUUCUCCCUCUAUAUUCCAAAAAGAAAAAAGAGGAAAAUAAUUAUAUCCCC